CAUGAUUUUAUCAUUAUUAAUACUUAGCAUAUAAACUGUUUAUGGUAGUGAUGACUAUGAUUAUACAUAGAAUGGUAAAGACUGGCCAAACAUACAUGAAUAUUGUUUUGGGAAACAAUUACAGUCCCCAAUCAAUCUAGAUAAUAAUUAUACUAAUACCAAUGUACAAUACAUAAUCAUUAAUUUAGGAAGAUGAUAUGUACUUUUUUCCAAAAUAUAAACCAACUAAAGUGAGAAUUACAAAAAACUAGACAACUCAUAGAAUAAUACCAGCUAAUGAUAGUGAUAACUUUGGUCCAUUAUAUACUGUUAAUUCUUGGUCAGAGAGUGUUGCUUAUGGAGGAAAAAUAAUAUUCUUUAGAAGUGAAGCUGAACAUAAAUUUAAUGGAGUUUAAUAUAAUUUAGAAGUUUAAAUUUAACAUACUAUGCUCUUUGCAACAAUUUCAAAUAGAUCAACAGUCUCUGUAUUUUUUAUUCAAGAUGAUGCUGCCCCAAAAAAUCCAUUUUUAUAAACAGUAUUAAUCAUAAAUAAUAUACAAAGGUUAUAGAUAAUUAUAAUAAAGAAGAUUUUAUUUUGGAUUUAGGUGAAUUGAUAACAUCAGCAUUUUCUAUCUAACCUUAUUAUUUAUAUGCAGGAUCUUUCACUUACCCAGAUUGUACAGAAAGAAAUUCUUGGUACAUUUUUGAAAGACCAUUCAAAGCUCCAAAUUCUUAACUUUCAUUUUUCUACAAUUUGUAUCAUAAUACUGAUAUUUUUCCAAAUGGCAACUAUAGAGUUAGUAUGAUAAUUGUAUUUAUAUUUUAGUAUAGGACAGAAAAACAUCAGCUAAGAAAGUCAAAGUAUUUUAUAGAAAAGAUCCUUAUGCUACCUCAUAGGAGGAAUAAUGAAA